AUGGAAGCUGAUUCGAGAAUUCUAUCAUAUUGCCAUGCUGUGAAAUGCAGAGCAUCAGAAAUACUCAUUCUGAAUCCUGAUACUGAUGUUUUCAUUGCUGAGCACUUCGGAGGUGUUAGAACUGUAAUUCAGGGAUUUACCCAACAACAGCUAUUUGCUGGAUCUACCAAGAACUGUAUCUUGUCAGGAUCAUUUGAACUUGAGUUCUCCGAUGUCGUGCUCGGACAUACUUCUGAAGUGUGGGCUUUAGCAGCCCAUCCUUCAUUGCAACAAUUUGUCACUGCAGGAUGGGACUCUAUACUCCAGCUUUGGGAUAGUGCUUCUCGCACUGUGGUCUGGAGAAAAGAUAUUGGGGUAGUUCGUUUCUCUCCUAACUCUGAAAUGUUGGCUCUUGGUUCUCGUGACAACAAUAUUUACAUCUACCAGCUUGGAGCUGAUGCUGGAAAAUAUAGUCGAAUAGGUCAAUGCACAGGUCAUUCAAGCUUCAUUACUCACUUAGAUUGGUCUAUGGAUAGUCAGUACUUACGAUCAAACUCAGGCGACUAUGAAGUCCUAUAUUCUCUUGAACUACUCUAUAAAAAAAAGUUAUCAUUUAUUUUUUAUUAUGAAGGGAGCCCUACUGUUUGCGAGCAAAUCACACAACCUUCCAAGAUGCGGGAUGUUGAAUGGGCCUCACAAACAUGCACACUCUCUUUCACAUCUGUCGGUGCCUGGCCUGAAGGUGCAGAUGGCACUGAUGUCAAUGCAUCCGCUGCUGCUGGUGGUCUUCUAGCAACAGGAGAUGAUUGGGGGAAAGUAAAGCUCUACAGCUGGCCAACUAUUCAGCCGAAGGUAACAUACUUUUUUAUUAAGUAG